UACCAUUUUGUUGUUCCAGGAAAUUACCAUGUGGUUGUUAUUGUGAUGACACGCAUUAUCUUAUAAAGAAAUUUGUAAACAUUUCCUGAAAAACAGGUUUAAGCGUACAUUUGGGUAACGUGAAAGAUGAUAAUAUUUGCAACAGAACUGCGUUCUUCAAUAAAUAUGUGGUCCAAGAUGUAAAAAUUGAUCGAAACGAACGACUACUAAUUUCUAAACAAUGUGCGGCGAAUUUAUCGUGUGGCGUGCCAACAUUGACGUUGUAUUAUGCUCAAAAUACUGAAACUAAAAAAUUCUACUUUUACGUCUCGCUAUCAGAUCUGUUGCUGCAGAAAUUUAAAGAUUGUUGGGGAUAUCUCCUAGAAAUGAAAACACAAGCAGGAGUAGACAAUUUUUAUUUCAACUUUGAAAACAAGAGUGAUACCCAUGCUCAGCUUGUAUAUGUUAAACCAAAUGUUUCGUAUCAAAUUACUCUGACCACAUUUCCAAAUGGAGAGUACAGUUGGGUGAACAUCAGAGGACCAAGUUUGUGUGAAAAUAGAAUCCUCACUGAUAUGCUGCAAAAAGUGAAUGAAUUAUUGAGAAACUGUCCCAACGAUGCCACAUUCGAUGAACGACUUGAGGUAGCAGAAAAUGUUUGUUUGCUGUAUCCUGAUUCGAUAAGACAACAACACUAUGCAGUUACAUACCUACUCUCCGAAGAGAAUUGCCACCUGGUAUUAACAAAACCAAAACCAAGUUUUAUGUCAGCUGUACAAAACAAAAAACCUUUAGAAUUGGUCAUCCCUUUGGGAAUAACAUCUUUUUUAUUAUUUUUAUUUGUCUUAUAUACUUUGGUAAAUUUGAUCAAAAAGAAAAUGACUACUAUGGUGACAUCCACAAGUAAUGAUCAUCUGCUACAAGCCCAGAGUAACGUACAUUACACAACAGAGCAAGACCCCCAAAAAGGUGUAGUGACAACAUCAUUUUUCAAGUCCGAGGACGUGUGAUGAUUCUCCUUGCGUGGGCCAACGUGGAAUCUAUUUUAUGUGCCCACUAAAAAUAACGUUAUGUACAUAUUGUUUUCGUAUAUUGUGAUAAGUUUAAUUUUUUUAUUGAUUUGCAAGUCACUCCCUGUAUAAUAUUCAAUAAUAGGGAUCCAGCUUCACACCUUUAUUUACUUUCCAAAUUUUAUUUUUACACUUUAGUUAUGAUGAUAAACAUAUUUUAAUUACAUCUUCUGCAUAUAUUUCAUUGUAAAUAAAACAGCUGUGGAUCAGGUCUAACCCGAUUUGUCAGAAUCGAUGAGUAAAAUAACGACCAUCUGCUUAAGGAAAUACGAUUAGUACUGUAUGUACAAAAAGAGAAAACGUCAAAAGAAUAAUUAAAAGUUAAUUAUUUAUUCUAUAUUGGAGUUGUUUAUUG